GCACCAGUCCUCCGGGGGCUCUCUCUACUACGGAGCCCACACACUCACGCUCUGGUCCCUCCAAACUUUGCGCACGGAUGUAUAUCUCUGAAGGGCUUUCCAUGGGAUUUACCUAGAUUUCUCCGGACUAAGGCAUUCUACUUCAUAAAACUAAAAACGUUGAAAGGGAUUUUAUUUGUUCGUUCAAAGUUUUAAAUAGUUGCAUGUUUUUUUCGUGCGCACAGAUGCAGUAAGUUUGUGUUCUGAGUCUUGAAAAUGAAGGGUGUUGCGUUAAAUUCCCUGUUCUUGGCGCUCUGUGUCAGCGUGCACCGAGUCCUGGCAGUGCCCCGAAUCGAGGAGGAUGUUGGGUCCAGUGACAGCGCCUCCACCCUGGCCUUUGUGUUCGAUGUUACCGGCUCCAUGUACGACGAUCUGAAGCAGGUGAUAGAGGGCGCCUCGCGGAUCCUGGAGAAGACCCUCAACCGACCAACUAGACCAAUCAAGAACUUUGUGCUGGUCCCCUUCCAUGACCCAGACAUCGGCCCGAUUUCCAUCACUACUGACCCCCAAAAGUUCCAACAGGACCUGCAGGAGCUGUUUGUUCAGGGAGGGGGGGACUGUCCCGAGAUGAGCAUCGGGGCGAUCAAAAAGGCCCUGGAGGUGUCCCUGCCCCGCUCCUUCAUCUACGUGUUCACGGACGCCCGGGCCAAGGACUACCGCCUCAAACGGGACGUCCUGCAGCUGGUGCAGCUCCGCCAGUCCCAGGUGGUGUUCGUCCUGACCGGGGACUGUGGCGACCGCUCGCAGCCAGGCUACCGGGCCUACGAGGAGAUCGCCGCCACUUCUUCUGGACAGAUCUUUCACCUGGACAAGCAGCAGGUCAACGAGGUUCUGAAGUGGGUGGAGGAGACGGUUCAGUCGCUGAAGGUCAACCUGCUGUCCUCAAACCACGACAGCGCUCAGGAGAACAAAUGGGACGUGCCCUUUGACCCCAGCCUCCGAGAGGUGACCGUGUCGCUCAGCGGACCCACUCCGCAGAUCGAGCUCAGAGACCCCUUUGGCCGCGUUGUUGGUCUGGACCAAGGAUUGACAGAACUGCUAAACAUCCCCAACUCAGCCCGUGUCGUGAACCUCAAGUUCCCCCGUCCCGGGGCAUGGACUCUUAAGGCCAGCUGCAGCGACCGCCACACCCUGAGGGUCACAGGUGUGAGCAAUCUAGACUUCAGGGCCGGCUUCUCCAGCGCUUACGUUUCUGAGUUCAACCAAACCAGAGAAAGGCCAAUAAAAGGCGUUCCAGCCCAUAUCCUGCUGAAGUGCACCGGGCUUGACCCCCCAGGCCAUCUGAGUCAUGUGGAGCUGGUCUCGGGGGCGGGGCGGACACUGCGGACCCUGCCCGUCCCGCUGCCCUCUGACCUGGGCAGCAGAGGGCUCUGGAGCCUUCCUCAGUUCCGCACUCCGUCCCAGAGCUUCUUCAUCAAGGCGACGGGGAAGGACGACGCGGGAUACCGCUUCCAGAGGCUGUCCAGCGUCUCCUACACCAACAUCAUUCCAGAUCCCCCAGCUGUGAGCAUGCCUGACGAAGUCAACAGCCUCUUCAUGGAGCGCACUGUGAUUGGCUGUUGGGUUGAGAGCGACAUUCCCUAUAGGCUACGCUUUACCAGAAGUGGGAUUACCCUGGGCGAGGAAAAACUCUUCCAGGCCUCUGGCAAAGCAUUAUGGGAAAUUCCCCAAGCGUCUGGUGAAGAUGAAGGCCCGUACGAGUGCGUCGCACAGAGCACCGCCGGGGAGGGCCGCGCCCUGACGCAGCUUGUUGUGAGAGAGCCGCCGCCGGUCUUGCACGCCCCCCUCAACGUCAGCUCCUCCGUGGGUGCGGUGGCCAUCCUGUCCUGCCGCGUGGAGGGCACCGUGCGCCACAACCUGACCUGGCUCCGGGCGGGACAGCCCGUCCACGCCCGGUCGGGGCGGGUGGCGCUGGCCACUGACACGUCCCUGCAGAUCACGGGGGUGCAGCCCCGGGACGCCGGGGAGUACCUCUGCGUGGCGACCAACACCCACGGGAGUUCCCGGAUCGCCGUGUGGCUCAGCGUCCCAGAGGCUCCGUCGGUGGACGUCGGCCCCCCGGCCCAGGCCUUCUCCCUGGGGGGCGAGGUCCGCCUGGUCUGCAGGGCUUCCGGCUCCCCGUCCCCCCGGCUCUUCUGGAGCCAUGGAACAACGUUCCUCAGUAAUGGGCCGAGGUUGCAACUGCACCACAAUGGACUUCUGACCAUUACCGGCACUGUCCCAGAGGAUGCUGGGAACUACACGUGUCUGGCAACCAAUGAGGCUGGGACUGCGUCAAAGUCUGUCUCCCUCACCUACUCAGAGACGCCCAGGAUCUCGGUGGCUCAGCAGGUGGUGGUGGUGGUCGUCGGGGGAGAUGCUACCCUACAGUGUCACGCCACAGGUUCCCCUCCUCCAACCUUCCAAUGGUUCAAAGAGGGGCUGGAGGUGGGCUCUGAGCAGGAUAUUUCCCGUGGCACCCUGCGGAUCCCGGGGGUCCAGGAGGGGGAUGGAGGGGAGUACAGCUGCGUGGCCCGCAGCUCAGCCGGGACGUCCUCCGCCAGGGUGGUCCUGGAGGUGGGAGUGGCUCCGUCCUUCUCCGAGACGCCGGUCGACAUCAGCGCCAGCGUGGGGGAGAAGUUAACCCUGGCUUGUGCGGCACGAGGCCACCCGCUGCCCACGUUGACCUGGCGCAGACAAGAUGGCCGACCAAUCCCAGCGAAGGUCUCCAGCCCCGGCGGGAGCCUGCGGCCAGAGGAGAACAACCUUGUGAUUCAGAGUGUGUGGCUGGACGAUGAAGGGCUGUACACUUGCGAGGCUGAAAACCAGUUCGGAAGCAUCAAGACGGAGGCCAGGAUCACAGUCACGGGACUGGAACCGCCUCUGUUGGCCCACGGUGCCCCCUUCAUCACCACGGGGAUCGGUCAGUCUCUGAGCAUUCCCUGCAUGCUCCUGGAUGGAAUUCCCCUCCCGGAGAGACACUGGACACGCGACGGAACGCCGGUGGAGGCCAGCGUGAGAACCUUCCUGAGGAGCGACGGCAGUCUGAACAUUGAGCGGGCCCGCCCGGAGGACGCUGGCGUGUACGUGUGCAGCGCGGUCAACGUGGCCGGGAGCAUGAACAUCUCGGUCAGCCUGGAGGUCCACGUUCCACCGGAGAUCAGUACCGGGCCGUACCACUACAUCGCCAACGAGGGGGCCGCCGUCUCGCUGUCAUGCGAGGCCACAGGAUUUCCCAGACCCACGGUCGUGUGGUCCAAGGGACGCCAGCCUCUCCCCAGAGACAGCUCCCUCUUGCAGACGGACCCCAGCGGCCACCUCCACCUCCCGCGGCCCACGGCCCAGGACGCAGGCCUCUACAUCUGCACCGCCACCAGCCCCGUGGGCUACGCCAGCCGGGAGAUCCAGCUCAGCGUUAACACUCUGCCGACGAUCAACGGUGCGGGUCGCCAUGACGACACGGUGGUCCAGAGGUCUGCCGAGGUGGGGUGGGAGGUGGUCCUCCCCUGCGAGGUCCAGGGGACCCCGUCUCCCUUGGUGACGUGGAGCAGGAACGGACAGCCCAUCCCCCCGGUCACCGCCUGGUUCACUGUUCUGCCUUCAGGCUCCCUUAAGAUCACGGACGUGCGCCUGCUCGACAGUAAACUGUACACCUGCACUGCGGCGAACCCAGCGGGCAACGUGUCCAUAAGCUACAAUUUACACGUCCAAGCUAAGCCCAAAAUCCUGGCGGGUCCUUCCUUGCUUAAAGCCCUGAUCGGCCAGACGGUGACUCUGCCCUGUGUGGUCCAGGGAGAACCCAGUCCGGAGAUCAGCUGGUUCCACAAUGGUAAUCCAGUCAGGGUGGAGGACGGCGGUCCCCUCAGGAUCCAGCAUGCCGCUCUGGCUGAUCAGGGCACCUACCGCUGUGUGGCCAAGAACAAUGCUGGAAAGGACACCUUGGAGGUCACACUGGAGGUUCUCAAGGCCCCGUCCUUCCUGGAGCCCGGCGACGCCGUGAUGGAGAAGGUAGCAGACACCCAGGUCAUCCUCCGCUGCGACGCCCAAGGCUCGCCGGCGCCCAGGGUGCGCUGGUUCAAGAACGGACUGGAGAUUCACCCGCAGCAGUCUGAGUUCUCCCAGUCCCACGACGGAUCCCUCUUGAUCGGCGCCGCGUCCGCCGGCCACAGCGGGGACUACAAGUGCGUGGCGACCAACGACGCCGGCUCCGUGGAGAGGAAAACCAGACUGAAAGUCAACGUUCCCCCGGAGAUUCCUGAGGACGGCAAGCCUGUGAACCUCACUGUCACCUUGAAGCAGCCUCUGACUCUGGGCUGCGACGCCUUUGGCAUCCCCUCUCCAUCCAUCACCUGGACCAAAGAUGGACACUCUGUGGACAGUCCCGGGGUGUACCUGCAGAACGGGAACCGGCUGCUGAGGAUCUACAGGGUUCAGUCGGAGCACGGAGGGCAGUUUGCCUGCACCGCAGAGAACACCGCGGGCGAAGCCAGGCGGGCUUAUAACAUAGUGGUGCAAGCUCCCCCAGAGAUCUCUGGCGCGCGGCGCCUGCAGGAGCUGGCGGUGGUGCUGGGCCAGGAGGUGGAGUUCUCGUGUCGGGUCAGCGGGCGCCCGGCGCCCCGGGUGGAGUGGAGCCGGGACGGAGAGGUGCUUUCCCGGGACGGAGACCCCCACGUGGAGUUCCUUGAGGAAGGCCAGGUCCUGAGGGUGAAGUCUGUGAGACUGCGGGACCAGGGCCUCUACCAGUGUCUGGCCAGGAACAACGCGGGGACACAGACCCGCCAGUUCAGCCUCACUGUGCAAGCGCCGCCCUCUAUCAGGGGCCCUGACGGGACCUCGGAGGUCUCCGUGGUGCUGGGGUUCCCCGCGGUGCUGCCCUGCGAUGUGCAGGGCUCCCCGGCCCCCAGCAUCACCUGGCUGAAGGACAACCAGCCCAUCGUGUCCAGCGCGCGGCUGACCUACACCCAGGGCGGCCAGGCCCUGCGACUGGGCUCGGCCGAGGGUGACAGCGCCGGGCUCUACACCUGCCGCGCCUCCAACCCCGCUGGCUCCGCCCACAAACACUACUCCCUCAGAGUGCUUGUGCCGCCACAAAUUGAGGGAGACUCAACAGCCCUGAACUUCGGUGGCCACGGAGAGAAAGUACGAAUCGAUGGCACCUUGACUCUAUCCUGCCUUGCUAAAGGGUUCCCCGAACCAAAGACCCAGUGGUUCAAAGACGGACAGCUGCUGCACGGAAAUUUACAAGAUGGUUCCCAUGGCAACGGUCAUGUACUCCGCAUCGAGAACGCCACUCUGGCCCACGAGGGACAGUACACCUGCGUGGUCACUAACACUGCAGGGGAGGACAAAAAAGACUUCCAUGUCACCAUUCAAGUCCCCCCUGUGUUCCAGCGGGUGGUCAACAGAGAGGCGGCCUGGGGUCUCAGGGACGAGGAGGACGACGGAGGCCACGAAGACAGGGACAUGACGGAGAAGACGGAGGUGGUCCUGGGGCACCCCAUCAGCCUGUCCUGCGAGAGCAACGCCAUCCCCCCGCCCAUAAUCAGCUGGUAUCGGGAGGGCCGCAAGCUCAACGCCACCGACGGAGUGCUCCUGCUUCCAGGUGGACAGGUGCUGCAGAUUCCCCGGGUGCAGGAGGAGGAUGCCGGGAAAUACACGUGCCAGGCCGUCAACGAGGCCGGAGAGGACCGCAUGCACUUUGACCUGGAGGUCCUGGUGCCUCCUUUCAUCCUGGACUCGGAGGGCUACAUGGAGGAGGUGACGGUGGUGCUCAACUCCACCGUGGUGCUUAACUGCGACGUGACGGGCCACCCAGCACCCGCCGUGUCCUGGCUGAAGGACGGGCAGCCGGUGCGCCCGGACUCCUCCGCCCACCUCCACCUCAGUGAGGACGGGACGCAGCUGCAGCUGCUCAGUGUCCAGGUGUCAGACAUGGCUGGGUACCUGUGCGUGGGCAAGAACAAGGUCGGGACCAUGGAGAAACUCUUCAGCCUCACAGUGCAAGUCCCUCCCAGGAUCACUGGGCAGAAGGAGCAGGAGGUGAGUGUGAUUGACGGCCACAUGGUGUCCCUGCUGUGUGAUGUCCAGGCCUACCCUCCUCCAGAAGUCAUCUGGACCAGAGAUGGACAGCUACUCCACUUAACCACCGGCAUCCACAUCUUACCAGGUGGUCAGAUGCUGCAGCUGCCACGGGCCAGAGUGGAGGACGCCGGUCAGUACGUGUGCACAGCCACCAACUCAGCCGGCCAGGACCAGAAGAGCAUCCUGCUCAGUGUCUACGUGCUGCCCAGCCUGAGGCCCCGGGUGGAGUCUGAGUCAGAGGUGCUGGAGCCCCAGGUGGGCUCCACCGUCACACUGCGCUGCGAGGCCAGGGGCCUCCCGGAGCCCGAGGUCACAUGGUACAGGAACGGGCUGCAGCUGGUCCCGGGGAACGGCCUGGGGAUGCAGCGCCACCAGCUGGACAUCGAGGGAGUGCAGUUGUCAGAUGGCGGCACAUACACCUGCAAGGUGUCCAACGUGGCGGGACAGGUGGACAGGACGUUCAGGUUGACAGUUCACGUCCCGCCUGUUCUUGACGGACCCCUACAGGAGACCCUUACUCGGACUCUGGGCUCUGUGGUCACCCUGCUUUGCGAGGCCUCUGGGGUCCCGGUUCCCAGCACCACCUGGUUCAAAGAUGGGACCCCUAUUGAGAGCAGUCUGCAGUGGCAGUGGUCAGUCCGGGGCAACAGGCUCGAGCUGGGGCCACUCACCCUGUCCCAUGCCGGGAGGUACACCUGUCUGGCUAAGAACAGCGGGGGAGAGGCCAAGAAGGACUACACCCUCACCGUGCAAGUCCAGCCAACCAUCCUGGAGUCGGGCCAGUCCUCAGACCUGAGUGCCCCCAUGGGGGAGGAGCUGACCCUGGAGUGCAGAGCCACGGGGACCCCCACCCCGACCCUGAGCUGGCUGAAGAACGGAGCCACUCUGGAGGGCUCAGACUCCCAGCACAUAGACGUGACCCCAGAUGGCAUCUUUUUGACCUUGCUGAGGCUUAGCAAGGAGGACUCUGGGACAUACACCUGUCUGGCGGUCAGCCCUGCCGGCCAGGAGAGCAGACUGUACACCCUCUUCGUGCUCGUCCCGCCCACUAUCUCCGGCGAGACGUCUGUCCCCAGAGAGGUGCAGGUGACGCAGGACAGCGCCGUGACGCUGGAGUGCCACGCCGUGGGCACCCCCCCGCCCCAGAUCAGCUGGCUGAAGAACGGACACCCCCUGUUCCUCUCGGCCCGCACCCGCCUCCUCUCGGGAGACUCUGUCCUCAGGAUCUCUCCCGUGCUGCUCACCGAUGCAGGCGUGUACACCUGUGUGGCGCGCAGCCCAGCAGGGCUCGCAGAGCUCAGCUACAACGUCCAGGUCCAAGCGCCCCCUGGUGUGGACCGUGUGGAGCCCGUGGAGCCCGUCACGGUGGUGCAGGGCUCCUUGGUGACCCUGACGUGCGAAGCGCGGGGCGUGCCCCCGCCCACCCUGACCUGGCUGAAGGACGGCCAGCCGCUGUCGCUGCACCGCAACCUGCUGCUGGACGGCCGCGAGACGCGGCUGCAGCUGCCCGACGUGGCCCCCUCCGACGGGGGGCUCUACAGCUGCGUGGCCAGCAACCAGGCGGGCAGCAGCACCAAGAGCUUCAACCUCACCGUGCUCGAGCCCCCGAAGAUAUCCAGCACGGGGUCCCCCAAUGAGCUGACCCUGGCCGUAAACAGCCCCCUAGAGCUGGAGUGCACGGCCGUGGGGGUCCCCCCGCCCACCCUCAGCUGGCUCAAAGACGGACGUCCCAUGGAGCGGCCGGAGGUGGUGACGGAGGAGGGACGCUUCGUCAAAAUAAGCAAAGUGGAGGUGGAGGAUGCGGGGCUGUACACCUGCUUGGCCAGCAGCCCGGCAGGAGAGGACGGACGGAACCACUGGGUCCGCGUCCAGGUGCCCCCGACGCUCCUGGGCUCGGGUGAGGUGAGGACCGUGACGGUGGCCUCCAAGGGACACCUGACCCUGGAGUGUUUGGCUGACAGCGACCCCGCUCCUGAGAUAGAGUGGUACAAGGAUGACGUCAAACUGCAGCUGGGCGGUCACAUCCAGAAGCUGGCGGGGGGGCAGUACCUGGAGAUCCAGGAGGUCCGACCCGAGGACAGUGGACAUUACAGCUGCGUGGUCACCAACAUGGCGGGCAGCACCAGCCUCUACUUCAGUGUGGAGAUUCUCCUGCCCCCGGUGAUCAAGGAGAGCAGCUCCCUGGUGACGGCCCACCAGGGCCAGGACGCGGUGCUGCCGUGUGAGGCCCUGGGCGACACCUCCCCCACCGUCACCUGGAGGAAGGACGGCUUCCCGCUGAGUCAUGACAGCAAUAAGUACCUGCUCUUUGAGGGCUCCCUGCGUGUUCAGGACGUCCAGCUGAGUGACGCCGGGCGCUACUACUGUACCGUCUCCAACCAGGCGGGCUCGGACCACCGGGGGAUGGACCUCCGCGUGUUCGUGGGCCCCUCCAUCAUCCCCGGGCCCUUCAACGUGACCGUGACCACGGGCGUCAGAGCUGUGCUGAGCUGUGAGACCAAGGGGAUACCUGCUCCCCAGGUCACCUGGAAGAGGAACGGCACCCCGCUAGACAUCAACCAGCAGCCCGGGGCGUACAGGUUGCUCUCCUCGGGCUCCCUUGUGGUGGCCUCCCCAUCCAAUGAGGACGAGGGCUACUUUGAGUGCACCGCCGUCAACGUGGUCGGAGAGGAGCGCAGGGUCAUCGAGGUGCUCCUGCAAGUUCCGCCGUCUAUUGAAGACGAUGUCACCGCGGUCACCGCUGUAAAGAUGGCCGCUGUCUCGCUGCCUUGUCACGCACAGGGCCGGCCGGCGCCCGCCGUCAUCUGGACCAGGGGCGGGGCCAAGUUGAGCCUGAGAGGGGGAGCGUACAGGAUCCUGCCUACUGGUGUGCUUGAGAUCUUGGCUGCGGUUCCGAGCCACGCGGGCCGGUACACCUGCUCGGCCCGCAACCCCGUCGGUGUGGCGCACAAGCAUGUCACGCUCACCGUGCAAGAGCCUCCUGAGAUCCGACCAAUGGCAGAAGAGGUGCAGGUGGUUCUGCACCACGGAACCGUUCUCUCCUGUGAGGCCCACGGGUUCCCCAGGCCUUCCAUCGUCUGGCAGAGAGAGGGAAUAGCCAUCUCGGCAGGACACAGACUGGCUGUGCUCUCCAACGGAGCACUCAAGUUUUCCAGAGUCACCCUGGGCGACGCAGGGACGUACCAGUGUCUGGCGCAGAAUGAGGCUGGCACAGCCGUGGGCCAGACCAAACUAGUGCUUCAAGUCCCGCCGGUGCUGAGCGUCCCCAGGGUGGAGUACGUGGCGGUGCUGGGCCAGGCGGUCAGCCUGGAGUGCGUGGCUGACGGGCAGCCCCAGCCGGAGGUCACAUGGUACAAAGACCGGAGGCCCCUCUUGGACGGCGCUCACGUACGCAUCUUCGCCAACGGAACGCUGAGCAUCAGCGCCACGCAGCGCAGCGACGCGGGCGUGUACACCUGCACGGCCAGGAACCUCGCCGGCCGUGCCAGCCACGACAUGAGGCUAGGGAUCCAGGUACCUCCUAUGAUUCUCGCCGGCCAAUCAGAGCUGUCGGUGGUCCAGGGCUUCCAGGCCUUCCUGCCCUGCUCCGCCCAGGGGUCCCCCGAGCCCAGGGUCUCCUGGGAGAAAGACGGGGCCGCCGUGCUCAACCGUCCCGGCAAAUUCACCGUCCUGCGGUCGGGGGAGCUGAUCAUCGAGAGGGCGGAGCCAGGAGACGGAGGUGUGUUCACCUGUGUGGCAGCCAACUCUGCGGGUUCCGUCAGACAAGAUGUCCGCCUGUCCGUCAACAUGAGGCCCGUCUUCAAGGAGAUGCCGGGUGACGUGACCCUCAACGUGGGUCAGAGUCUGGCCCUGUCCUGCCACGCACAGGGAACCCCCACGCCUGUCAUCCACUGGACAGCCAACAACAGUCCCUACCCAGGGGCGACUGUGGACGAGUCGGGCCGGAGCUCCUUACUGGUGGAGAAGGUCAGCUCCGCCCACGCCGGGACCUACGUGUGCGUGGCGGAGAACAGCGUGGGCUCCAUCCGGGCACUUUCAUUCGUCCGCAUCAGAGAGCCCCCGGUGCUGAAGGGGGAGGCUCGCAUGUCCCAGACGGCGGUGCAGGGCGACACGGCCAUGCUGGACUGCCCCGUGCACGGGAACCCCCCCCCGGCCCUGCGCUGGCUCCGGGACGGCAGGCCGCUGCUGCUCCGCUCCCUCAGGCUGACCACCUUCCACAACGGCUCCCUGGCCCUGCACAGCGUCACGGCUGGAGAUGCAGGGGAGUACCAGUGUGUGGCAGAGAGUGAAGCUGGGGUUGCUGAGAGAACCAUAAGUCUUAAAGUUCAGGUCAACGGGGGCUUCUCCGGCUGGGAGGAGUGGGGGCCGUGCAGCAGCAGCUGUGGACAGGGCUUCCAGGAGCGAAUCAGGUCAUGCAACAACCCGGAGCCAGCCAAUGGGGGCAGGUCAUGUGACGGCUCCAGUGUGGAUUCCAGGAAAUGUCAGGCUGGGCUCUGCCCAGGUGAGUCCCCCCGCAAGGCCCGAGGCAGCCUGAUCGGCAUGGUGAACGAGAGGGAGUUCGGGGUGGCCUUCCUGGAGGCCAACAUCACGGACAACCAGGAACUGGGCACCAGCACGCUGAACGCCCACCUGGACAACAUCCCCCCCAGCGUGGGGCCGCUGCUGCGAGUGCUGGUGUCUGUCUUCACCCCCAUCUACUGGAGUGCCGUGCUGCAGAGUGGAGCCGCCAGGAACGGCUUCUCCCUGACCCAGGGCCUCUUCAGACAGGAGUCCCAGCUGGAGUUUGAGUCCGGGGAGGUCCUGCGCCUCACCCACGUUGCCCGGGGCCUGGACUCCGAGGGCGUCCUGCUCAUCGACAUCGUGGUCAACGGCUUCUGCCCUCCAUCAUUAGACACCUCCCACCUGGCCCUGCAGGACUUCGACGAGUCAUACGUGCAGACGGGCCGGGGCCAGCUGUACUCCUGGUCCUCCCAGCAGCAGCCCCACCAGAGGCCCGGCAGGGCCCCGCUGAUGCUGCGCUGCAACCACACCAUCCUCCACGAGGGCCCGGCUCAGCGCCAGGGGCCCCUGCUGCAGCUGCUCCGGGUCUCUGGCGUCAACAGCGUCUACAGCGUCUUCUCCCUGAGUCUGGACGUCAGCAUCACCGCCAGCCUGAUGCUACCAGACGGGGAUGGAGAAGCAUGUCCAAAGGGUUUCCUGGAGGACAUGGCCUCCUUCUGCGCCGAUGAGGACGAGUGUGCUCUGGAAUCGACCUGCUCCCACGCCUGCAACAACGUCAUGGGGGGCUUCACCUGCAGCUGUCCCUCGGGUUUCACCAUCUCCACGGAAACCAACAGCUGCCAAGACAUCGACGAGUGCUCCCAGGGCUCCCACAUGUGCCACUUCAACCAGCAGUGUGUGAACACUGUGGGCACUUACCGCUGCCAGGCCCGCUGCGGGGCGGGCUUCAAACCCAGUGCCGCCGGGAGCUCAUGCGAAGAUGUGGACGAGUGCCAGGAGUCCUCUGUGUCUCCGUGCCAGCACCAGUGUCUCAACACGCUGGGGUCCUACCGCUGCAUCUGUCACCCUGGUUACCAGCUCUCUGGUCCCCGCUGCCUGGACGUCAACGAGUGCAUGAGGAGCGUGUGUCCGGCUCACCAGCAGUGCCGCAACACGGAAGGAGGAUACCAGUGUUUUGACAGCUGCCCAGCUGGCAUGACCAAGACAGACAAUGGAGCCUGUGUUGAUGUGGACGAAUGCCAGGACGGGAGUCACAUGUGCCGCUACAGCCAGAUCUGCCAGAACACGGUGGGGGGGUACGGCUGUGUAUGCCCCCGAGGGUAUCGCUCGCAGGGAGUAGGCCUACCAUGUCUAGACGUCGACGAGUGCCUUCAGACUCCCGGCCCGUGCGCCCACCACUGCCGGAACGUGCCCGGGAGCUUCCGCUGCACGUGCCCCCCCGGCACGGCGCUGCUGGGCGACGGGCGUUCCUGUGCCGGCCUGGAGCGCGGCCACACCUUCUCUAACGGCUCCCGCGUCCGGGCCCGGCUCCGCCCCCAGCUGGUGUCCACCCUGGGCCGACCCGUCCUCACCCGCACCCACGGGGUGUCGCCCGUACUCUCCCGCACCCACGGGGUGUCACGCAUCACCAGGCAGAGCUGCCCCGCGGGCUACGCCAACAAGGACGGCUCGUGUGUUGAUGUGGACGAAUGUGUUUUGAGGAAACCAUGCCAACACGAAUGCCGAAACACCAUUGGCAGUUUCCAGUGUCUCUGUCCCCAUGGUUACCAGCUCCUAGCCAACGGCAGGAGCUGUAAAGACAUCAACGAGUGUGCCAUGGACAGAAUCCAGUGUGGCCCCAACCAGAUGUGCUUCAACACCCGGGGGGGCCACCAGUGCCUGGACACCCCCUGUCCAGCCACCUACCAGAGAGGAGGAAGCCCCGGGACGUGCUACAGGCCGUGCUCGCUGGACUGCGCCCCGGGCGGCGCCCCCCUGCUGCUGCAGUACAAGCUGCUGACGCUGCCGCUGGGCAUCCCGGCCAACCACAACGUGGUGCGUCUCUCCGCCUUCUCCGAGUCCGGGGUGCUGCAGGAGCGCACCUCCUUCUCGGUGCAGGAGCAGGAGGGGGAGGCGGGGCUCAGUGGACAGGUGUUUGGCAUCAGGGACGAGGAAGGGCGGGGCAUCAUCUUCACGCUGAGGGCGGUGGACAGCCCCGGGCUGGUGCGGCUCAAGGUGCAGGCCACCACCCUGUCCAAGCAGGGUCGGGUCACCUACCAGAGCAUGUUCAUCAUCUACAUCUCCGUGUCCAGGUACCCUUACUGAGCGCUAGAGCUCUGCCUGAACUGACUCUGCCCCCUGUUGGCCACCAGGGGGGUUACAGCGGCCUGAGAGUGCUGGUGGGAGGCGGCAGACUACAGAAGGACCGCACCAUUCCGUCAAACCCAAUGCCUCGGUGCUCCCUGGUUCAUUUCUAGAAAUAAAUGCUACAAAUAUUCUGACGGAGAAUUUGUCAAUGCAAGAUUUGGUUCAAUUUAUUUAUUCAAAAAGGGGUUGAAAAUCUCUGCUGAGAUUUAUGAGCUCUAGAUGGAUUCAUUUUCCAAGAUGCAAUAUAAAAUUUAAUUCAUUUUUUUUUACAUUUGUUAUUAAUUAUGUUCUUUCAAACAUUUGGUAAAAUGUUUAUUUGCAGGAUGUUAAAUAUAUUUUUAAGUACAUAAUUAACCACAACCCUGGGGUUACAAAAAGGAUAAAAAACCUUCAUUAUAAAUUUGAAAAGGCACACUUUUUACAAUAUGUGUGCAGCAUACGUGUUUACCUCGAGUAUGUUAAUUUAUUUAAUGAAUAUAGGAUUUUCUUUUGUCCAAUCAAUUCUCAUCAAAUUUAAAUGAAUUAAAUUGUACUGUCAAAGAUUUGACACCACUGUAAUACCAUCUCAACCGAGGCCUGGAGCUAUGGAUAUUAACAAAACAUAACAUGUGUGGAAAUGUUAUUUUUUCAUAUCUUAUUUUUUAUUCAUAGUUUUUAUAUAAUGUCAACUUGUCGAGAAAAAAAAGGGGGGGGGGGGUUCUUUGUGUGUCUUUCUAUUGAAGCGAUUUUGGCUCCAGCCAAUCAACGAUCAUGUCUCUAUGGUGCUUUAGGAAGAAAAGAGACAGGAUUAUGUCUGAUUGUAUGCAUCACGUCAGAGAGUCAGAGUUGGUUUGCACUUAUCUGUCUCAAGUGUGAUAUGAGUGUCUGACAGCAGACGUACGCCCCCUGGGGAGACAGAACACAUUCAACAGUAUCUCAAGUGAUAGGGAGAGAGAAUGCCUUUCAUUUGGUCCAUAUGAAAACACACUUCGGUUCUCUGGAAAUGGAUGUAAUGUUUGUAUCUUACCAGAAAUAAAAAAACGAUAAACA